AGUAUCAGACUCAGUUGUCAUGGGUAAGUUCCAGUCUGACACCAAGCCGGGUCUCUUCUUGCUGUCUCCAAAGUGUCCUGGAGCUGGCUGCCGUCCGCUUUUCGGCUUUCUCCAUAUCCUCCUUCUGCCAUACCAUAAGUAUCCUCCCCUCACACAGCUUGGUCUCAGCCGAUCCAUCCCACCUUGGAGCUCUCUUCUGGUGGUGGCGGCCGAGACGACUCCUCACUUCACGUUGGACUCUGUUUGUUUUCCCCGGCAAUCUUACCCGAACACAUAUCAAUCCCUCACCACUCGCCCUUUACCCCUCCUCACCACUCGGGAUGGCUGGUCGCGUCUACAGGCAUCAGUCUUCUCGAUAGCAAGCCUUCUCGGUCCCAUCUUGCGUUUGUAUGAAUCUCGUUGUCGGGAACACCAGGCGAUGCGUCAAUGGCGUAUCACGCCAGCUUUGUAACCCCAAGGAGAGCCUUCAGUCACAACGGCAUUUGGUAUUGAUCAAAGCCACUUGUGCGGGCCCGGUUUGCGAGUUGUGGUUGGGUUGUGCUCCGAGUCCUCUUGGCCAAGUGGAAGCUCGCGUUACCCUUCCCACCGUUCGUAGACGGGAGCUGCAGUAUUGCUGCAGUGACGUGCCCGCGUUUCUUUGCCUUGCGUCGCCUUGUCCUGCCUGGCUCCCAGGCUACAUAUACACAAUUGACAACCCCCCCCCCCUCUCCUCUCUCCCCCUCCUCCAUCCUCCUGCACGUUUUCCCUUUCCGGUCCACAGUGGUAGGAAUCAUCAGGUUAUUCUCACCCCGCCGCGUCACAAGCUUUCACAUCCCCUACCUCUCUCUACCUUUCCUACCUACGCCCUGUGUCAAUCCCUUGCGCGGGCUGCUUUCCCCCAGUUGCCACUGGUCACUUCAUUUCUCCCACAUCAUUCCCAUACUGCCUCCUCCUCCACCUUUCCUUCGUUCUCUCGUCUCCCCACUUAACCACUUACAUCGCUCUACUUUAUUUUAUUCACUUGGUCUAACCUAGUUCCUCUUUCUACAGCCGACGCAGCAGGAGACACUUAUCGCCCUCGUGAGAGGUCCCGUUCCCCCAGACGUGGACGUUCCAGAAGCCCCACUACUCGCCGUUCAUACUCGCCCCGUGACCGUUCGCGGAGUCGCCAUCGGAGAAGAAGCCGCACCCCUAUGACUGGCCAAGGUGCGCCUGCUGGAGGACAAGGAAUUGGCUACACCGGACCACCUCAUCGAACUUUCGAAGACCGCGCCGCUCAUCGAGAACAAGUCAUGAACAACAUUCGGGAAACGUCGCAGCAGGACCGCCGCGUCUACGUCGGCAAUUUGUCCUACGAUGUUAAAUGGCACCACCUCAAGGAUUUUAUGAGACAGGCUGGAGAGGUGCUCUAUGCCGAUGUGUUGCUGCUUCCUAAUGGAAUGUCGAAGGGAUGCGGAAUUGUGGAAUAUGCGACCAGGGAGCAAGCUCAAAACGCCGUUGCUACCCUGAGCAACCAGAACCUUAUGGGCAGACUUGUCUAUGUUCGCGAGGACCGUGAGGCCGAGCCUCGUUUUGGACCUCCUGGAGGAGGUGCUAACCGCGGUGGUUUUGGUGGCGGCAUGGGCCCCAACGGAUAUGGAGCUGUUCCCGGCCAUGCUGGCCCCGGCGGCUUCGGUGGUGGUCCCAUGGCUGGUGGCGGUGGCCGCCAGAUCUACGUGUCCAACCUGCCGUACAAUGUUGGCUGGCAGGAUCUGAAGGAUCUGUUCAGACAGGCUGCGCGCAAUGGUGGUGUUAUCCGCGCCGACGUUCAUAUCGGACCUGAUGGCCGCCCGAAAGGAUCGGGUAUCGUUGUCUUCGAGACCCCAGAUGAUGCUCGCAACGCCAUCCAGCAGUUCAAUGGUUACGAUUGGCAGGGCCGUAUGCUGGAGGUUCGCGAGGAUCGCUUUGCCGGUGCGAAUAUGGGUCCUGGUGGUUUCGGCGGUCGUGGCGGCUUCGGCGGCGGCCGUGGUGCCUUCGGCGGUUUCGGUCGCGGCGGCUUCGGUGGUGGCCGCGGUGGCUUUGGAGGUGGCUUCGGCGGUCGUGGCGGCUUCGGAGGAGCUCCCGGUGGUCCCCCUAGCUUCGAUGCCAACCAGCCGGCCGCUCAGCCCAACCCGUUCACUGACUUCGCUACUUCUGGUACUGAACGGUCUGAGAUCAUUUACGUCCGGAACCUCCCUUGGUCGACCAGCAAUGAGGAUCUCGUCGAGCUCUUCUCUACUAUUGGUAAGGUAGAGCAGGCUGAGAUUCAGUAUGAGCCCAGCGGUCGCUCCCGCGGCUCUGGCGUCGUUCGCUUCGACAAUGCCGACACCGCCGACACCGCGAUCCAAAAGUUCCAGGGUUACCAGUAUGGUGGACGUCCUCUCGGUCUGAGUUUCGUCAAGUACCUUAACCCUGGUGCUGGCGGCGACAGCAUGGAUACCGACCCCCAUGGUGGCCUGACACAAGAUCAGAUCAUGUAAACUGAUUACCGACCAUCGCGUCAGUCAUACUGGUUGAAGCAACAGAUUUCCUAUGAUAGUUUGGGAUUUUCCAUUUGGAGGUUGUAUUAUAUGACUGGAUUAAGCCUGUCUUCGAUGUGGCGCUCGGUUCAAUCUUUCCAAUUGCACUACUUGUCUACGGACAGGUGGCUAUGGUCAGGGAUUUGGUGGCCAUGAGCAUUGGCCUGGGAUGGGGCAGUAGUCUGAAUGGCCGCAUGACAAGCAUGUGAAGGAUGGUGUCGGAGGAAGGAGAUUGAGGAAGUUGAAUUUGCGACAUGCUUUACCUUGCCCAGUUCUAGCACAUGGGACAAGUAAAUCCCACUGAAACUUGUUGCUCUUUUUGCGGCUGACAUUUGGCUCUUCGGCCUUUCUUUCAGCAAGUUGUUUACGGUUCGGACCCUCAAAAUGGACAGUUGAUCUUGUUUCACCUACAUCCCCCCACCUUUAGACUGUACUCUUGAAGAGAACAUGCAAUUAUCUCGGUUGACCUUAGGAUUAAGGUCGAACAUUGGAACUGCGACUCUUGGUAACCUGAAUCAAAGCCAAUCAAGGUGAAGCCAAC